AUGGCAUACCGAGCAGCCAAGACGAUCGUGGCGCUCCUUGCGGUCGCCCCGCUGGCGAGCGCUCACUCCUGGGUAGAGUUCUUGAAGCGCAUCAACUCGGACGGUAGCUUCUCCAAGAGCACCGGCUAUCCUAUUCCAUACAUAGCGAGAGGAGCCCCUGGCUACAGCGAUGAUGCCAUGCUCAACAAGAUUUUAGACAAGACCAGCAACCCCUCGGUCUGCAAGCAGGGCAACUUCGACUACUCACAAGAUGCUCCUCGCCUGGCUGCCGCAGCGGGAGACUAUAUCGCGAUGCAAUACCAGGAAAACGGGCACGUGACUCAGCCGGGCAUCACGCAGCGUCCUUUCCGUGGCGGCAACGUUUACAUCUACGGCACUCUGAAGGAUGUCAAGUCCACCGGCAUCAACGAUGUGCUAUACUCUUGGAAUGCACAGGGAACAGGUGGCGACAAGCGUGGCACGCUUCUGGCCACUCACUUCUUCGACGAUGGCCAGUGCUACCAGAACCUGGGCGGCGUCGAGCCCGACCCUAAGGAUAAGAUCUACACACAGCGCCACACCAAGUUUGGUGUCGAUUCGAUCGACUGCCAGUCUGACUUUCGUCUUCCGUCCAACCUUCCUGACCAGGGUAUCUAUAACGUCAUGUGGGUUUGGGACUGGCCCUUGAUCACGUCGGAGCACACCAACGUCACUGAGACCUACACUUCAUGUGCCGAGAUCCAGCUGAAGCCCAAAAAAUCGAAUACUUCUUCCAAGAUUAACUUUGCCUCGAACCACAAUGUUACAAACGCGGCCAUUAAGUCUCAGGUCCACACCCUGAUCGAGGCCGUCACUCUUGGUCAGGGUACAAACUCUCCGCCAGCCCCAACUGGUGCCGCUCCGACUACGCCCACGGCUGGGGGCCCAACAUCUACUGGUCCAGCUACUGUGACGGUCACUGUCACUGCGGAGCCCGUCACCACAACAGUCUUCCACACUGUCACUGUCGGCAAUACCCAAGAUCCAACUCUGCCACUGCCGGGCUUGCCCACCCAGUUCCUUCCUCCAUUUCCGACCGAGAACCCAAUUCUGGCGCCCACGAACCUGCCAACAGAGUUCCUUCCUGGCCUGCCGACCGACUUGCCCACAGUCUUCCCCACCAGUCUACCACCGGCAAGCACUCCGUCCUCCUCGUCCCUCUCGCAGCCGUCGACGUUUCAAACAUCCGUCAGAUCAAGCUCUUCAUCGUCGUCCUCAGCUUCGUCGUUGCCAUCGACUGCUUCGGCUGCUUCCAGCACCUCUUCUACUGUCACCACUGACAACGCACUGCAGUCCGGUCUGCCAACGACAACUUCCUCCAGUUUCUCCUCCGAGAUUGAGUCGACGUCAUCUACAGUGACUACGGAUGACGGCCCACUCCCUGGAUUCCCAACUCGCACAUCGUCCUCCAUUUCGUCAGCUACCAUCUCGGACGAUGGUCCUGUACCAGGAUUCCCGAGUGCCACUUCCAAGUCUCAAGACGUCCAAUCUUCAUCUUCUUCGGCCGAAGCGUCGUCCUCGUCUCAACAGUCUUCGAAGGCGGCCGAUUCUACGACAAGCAGCACAGCCACGUCGCAUCAUUCAACGGAACCCACGUCUGACGCGGCGCCUAGGCCUACGGAGACGACGACCUCAUCGCCAGCCGUUACUCCUGCGCCGGAGCCCACUUCAGAGCUAACGAAGCCCAGCAGCGCACCUACGACAUUCGUCCCCGUAACCAGUGUCGAAGGCUUCUUAUAG